GGCCUAGAGGUCCGGGCUCGGAGUUCGCCUCAGUCGCGGCGGAACCUCCCUGAUCGGAGGAGGUCUCCAGGCGCCAUGGAGGAUAAACGCAACAUCCAGAUCAUCGAGUGGGAACACCUGGACAAGAAGAAGUUUUACGUGUUUGGUGUAGCAAUGACGAUGAUGAUCCGUGUCAGCGUCUACCCGUUUACCCUCAUCCGCACCCGGUUGCAGGUCCAGAGGGGCAAGAGCCUCUACCACGGGACUUUUGAUGCCUUCCUCAAGAUCCUGCGAGCAGAUGGUGUGACUGGCCUCUACCGGGGGUUCCUGGUCAACACCUUCACCCUCAUCUCUGGCCAGUGCUACGUCACUACGUACGAACUCACCCGUAAGUUUGUCGCUGACUACAGCCAGAGCAACACGGUCAAGUCUCUGGUGGCCGGGGGCUCGGCCUCCCUCGUGGCCCAGAGCAUCACAGUGCCCAUUGACGUGGUGUCCCAGCACCUGAUGAUGCAGCGCAAGGGCGACAGGAUGGGCCGCUUCCAAGUGCGAGGGAGCCCCGAGGGACGAGGGAUUGUAGCCUUUGGCCAAACCAAGGACAUCAUCAGGCAGAUCCUGCGGGCUGAUGGGCUCCGAGGCUUUUACCGAGGCUACGUGGCUUCACUGCUUACCUACAUCCCAAAUAGUGCUGUCUGGUGGCCCUUCUAUCACUUCUAUGCAG